AUGACCGCCAGAACUCCCCACUGUGCUUAUUGCGCCAACCGCCUGCACCAACCACAGCCAACAUUGCGUAUGCCCAGCCGGCGGACGAGCCCCGCCGCUACCCCGGCCGACCGCACCGCCGUCCGACAUUUGCCGGGCGGAGCAUGUGCGAGGCCGGCGCCGCAGCGGGAGCCCGCCACCAGCGAGCCGCGCAGGACGCACCACCAUGCGCAUAAGGCAACUGCCGCGUGCCAACAGCUGUCGACACGCGUCGUUGCCACGCGCACAUCCUACGUACGAGCUUGGAUACUAGACUCACGAGUCCGACACCUACAAGCGCUCGCACACGGCAAGCGCCGCCAAAGUGAAAGCGGCGCCCACCGCACCCCGGCCGGAGCCAAGAGCGCAGCAAGCGCCGCCAACGCAAAAGCGGCGCCCGCCGCACCCCGGCCGGAGCCAAGAGCACAGCAAGCGCCGCCACAGCCAAAGCGGCGCCCGCCGCACCCCGGCCGGAGCCAGAGCACAGCAAACGCCGCCAACGCAAAAGCGGCACCCGCCACACCCCGGCCAAGGCCAAGAGCACAGCAGGCGCCGCCAAAGCAAAAGCGGCGCCCGCCGCACCCCGGCCGGAGCCAAGAGCACAGCAAGCGCCGCCAAAGCAAAAGCGGCGCCCGCCGCACCCCGGCCGGAGCCAAGAGCACAGCAAGCGCCGCCAAAGCAAAAGCGGCGCCCGCCGCACCCCGGCCGGAGCCAAGAGCACAGCAAGCGCCGCCAACGCAAAAGCGGCGCCCGCCGCACCCCGGCCGGAGCCAAGAGCACAGCAAGCGCCGCCAACGCAAAAGCGGCGCCCGCCGCACCCCGGCCGGAGCCAGAGCACAGCAAGCGCCGCAGAAGCGAGCAAGUGCCAUUCGCCAGUGA